AAAUAAAUAGGUGUGGGAAAGAACUGCAGAUGCUAGUUUAAAUCUAAGAUAGACAUGAAAUGCUGGAGUAAUUCCACGGGACAGGCAGCAUCUCUAGAGAAAAGGAAUAGGGUGAUGUUUCGGGUCGAGACCCUUCUGCAUACUGAAUUAUGAAGCAUAUUCCUUCUCUCCAGAGAUUCUGCCCGAGUUACUCCAGCGUUUAUGUGGUUUAAAACCAGCAUCUGCAGCUCCUUCCUACACAAUUACUAAUUGCAGGGGUUUUUUUUUUUUUUUGCAACUCUUCAGCUUUAAGAGAGCUUGUAGUCAAACACCACCUCCUCGUCCCGGAUUGCCAUGGAGUCCUUUGAUUGACUAGCAAGCCCUCCAAACGCUGGGCAGAUCUGGAGUAGACUUGUCCUACAGUGGACGUCAUUGCACCAGUGAAGGGGAGUGGGCGGAGAGCUUGGCCAGUGUCAAAAAAAGACGGCAGGUGCAUUUCUCUCUCAAGCUUGUUGAAAUCAGUGUCAAUUUUAUUUUCAGGGGUGGGGAAGAUAAAGAGUUGCGCUUUCCUUUGUAGAAAUUAAUCCUUAAAAAAAAAAAAUCUGCUUAUUGACAAGAAUGCAAAAGUAGAAUACUCGUUGUUGGAUCGCCAGCUUUGUUUAAUAUAUAUAUAUAUAUAUAUGCAAGCUAAUAAGAGGAAUACCAGACAAGAUUGGAAGACAAUAACAGCGCAAAGAUACCCAUGUUGUCCAUGAUUAUCAUGCCAGCUUCCAAGUCUGGAACUAGCUGCGAUUACUGGAUUGAUGGAUCUCACAGGGAGAUAGCCUUUGAAGAUUACUACACAGUGGCACAGGAAUUAGGAAGGGGUGCUACGUCCAUCGUGUAUAGAUGCCAAGAAAAGCAAACUCAAAGGCAAUAUGCGGCAAAGGUCCUGCAGAAAACUAUCGAUAAGAAGAUUGCAAGAACUGAAAUUGGUGUUUUGCUGCGACUUUCCCAUCCAAAUAUUAUUAAACUAAAGGAAAUCUUUGAGACCCCCACAGAGAUUAUCCUGAUCCUGGAGCUGGUGACUGGUGGGGAGCUCUUUGACAGGAUUGUGGAGAAGGGAUAUUACAGCGAGCGGGAUGCAGCUCAUGCUGUGAAACAGAUCCUGGAAGCUGUGGAGUACUUGCAUGAGAAUGGGGUGGUUCAUCGAGACCUCAAACCAGAGAAUUUACUGUAUGCAGACCUUUCAUCAGCAGCUCCACUGAAAAUAGCUGACUUUGGUCUAUCCAAAAUUGUGAACGAACAGGUUACCAUGAAGACAGUAUGUGGCACUCCGGGCUACUGCGCACCUGAGAUUCUGCGAGGCUGUACCUAUGGACCUGAGGUAGACAUGUGGUCUGUUGGAGUCAUUACCUACAUCUUGCUCUGUGGAUUUGAACCGUUCUUUGAUGCCCGUGGCGAUCAGUACAUGUACAGCAGGAUCUUAAACUGUGACUAUGAGUUUGUCUCCCCCUGGUGGGACGAUGUGUCUUUAAAUGCAAAAGAUUUGGUCAGAAAACUGAUAGUGCAAGAUCCACAGAAACGACAAACUGUUCAGCAGGCUCUCCAGCAUCCCUGGGUGACUGGGAAGGCAGCCAACGUUGCUCACAUGGACAAUGCACAGAAGAAAAUGCAAGAAUUUAAUGCAAGGCGCAAGCUUAAAGCAGCUGUGAAGGCCGUCGUGGCCUCGAGCCGGUUAGGAAAUGCCAGCAACCACAGCCAUAGCAAUCAUGACAGCGCCAAAGAAAGGCACACUUCCAGUUCUGAGCCGGAGCAAAGUCCCAACGAGGAAAACGGGCAGAAUUUAUAGCCAAACCCUCGACAUUACUUUCACGGACUGUCUGCCGCAUGAGAAAUUGUGAAAAGAAUGCUGGCAAUGUUCACUGGAGCUGUACUCCACAUCAAUAUCAAUGGCAUAUUUUGCAAAAAAAAGAAUGAUGUAAAAAGUGCAUCUUCCUCUAGUAGAAUGAAUACGGCAGAUUUUCAAAUCAUGAGCGAAGAUGUGUAUAUAUUUAUAGUAUUUUAUGCUAUGGUACUUAAUAUAGAUCCACGAUAGUAUAAUACAUAAAUAUAAGAUGACUGCAAUUUUAGUAUCCAAAUAUCUUACAGUUCGUUUACUGGAUGCAAUGUCCAUGAAAAUAUUUUUAAUAGCAGAGAUUUUGUCCUCGAGGCAAAUGGAAUUUGUUAAUUUAAUUGAUUAAAACAAGCAAGGAGGAAAGGGCUUUACUGCAAAACUACUAUGGAUUCUUUCAAUGGCAAUGUUUAUCCAUGUCAAAUUGCUCCAAAGGAUUAGUUUGAACAGAGAGCACUUGGAGUGAAAGCAGACUAAAAAUAAUAGUUGUACAGGCAAAUAUUGCGAAACGUACUUUACAUUAUUUUAAUCAUUAAGUAGCCACAAAGUAGUGGUAAAUUAGAUAAGAGUAAAAAUCUGGAAUAAAAACAAAUAAUGUUGAGGGUACACAGCAGAUUAGCUCUCACUUGAAAGAGGGAAAUAUACCUUUGAAGAUUCGAGGUCUUCCCUAUUCUCUCAGGUUUAGCAUUCCUUGCCACUUCUCAAAGCAAAACCUGAUUAUUUUACUAUCAGCUCUGUACCUAUUUAUAUAAUACUCAUGGCACAUGGUUCGACACAGUACAUCCUAUUGUGGGUAUUGUAUUCUGCAAUAUCACACACACCAAUGUUCAUUUCUCCUGUCUUCUUACAGAGACUGAUGUGAUAAUGACCUGAUCAAUUCUAAAAUAACAAACGGCUUGAUGUUACAUUAAAUAUGACAAUCAGAAUACUGAUAUGGUAUUAUCUUAUUUAAUUAUUUUCUCACCUUGUGACAUCAAGAGUGAACCUUUAAUUUACCAAUCAGCAUUACUAAAAUAAAGAUUCCAGCAGGAUCAAUACUUCACUUCAUUGUUUUUCAGUGCUAAAUGAUUGUGCCAACUUAGAAAGGUUUAGCUGCCCCCUAAUUAUUUCAAACAUUGCUCUGGGCCUCCACUUGUUACUCAUAAAAAGAAACAAGAAAUUCCAAAAGCUUUGCACACCCUCUUUAUCCAACUGCCUCGGUCUAGCUAAUUCAGCUCUCAAUCAAUAAUACUUGAUUGGUGUGGCUCCCCUUCCAGCUAGGUUGCUUUGCGGGCCACUGGUUCAGAAAUAAAAUCUAACAUUACACGGUAUGUCUGGAGUCAUAGAGUAACGCAGCAUGGAAACAGGCCCUUUGACCCAACUUGCCCUCACCGACCAACAUAUCCCAGCUACACUAGUCCCACCUGCUCACAUUUGGUCCAUAUCCCUCCAAACCUGUCCUAUCCAUGUACCUAUCUUACUGUUGCUUAAACAUUGGGAUAGUCCCAGCCUCAACUACCUCCUCUGGCCACUUGUUCAAUACACCCACCACCUUUUGUGUGAAAAAGUUACCCCUCAGAUUCCUAUUCUCAGAUAUCUUUUCACUUUAACCUAUGUCCUCUGGUCCUCGAUUCCCCUACCCUGGGCAAGAAACUACCCUGUGUCUAUUCCUCUCAUGAGUUUUUGGAAUAUGUAAGCAAUUCGUCCACCUGACCAAUAUGUUAUCCAUGAAAAUACUUGAGGGAAAUUUUAUAAAUCAAGAAAGCUUAACAAAAUACAUUCUAGGCAUUUUGGUGCUGUGUGUUGCUCUGACAAGCUAUUCGUUGUGGCCAAAAAAAAGCUUCAAAAAUUGAAGACACUAUGUUGAAUAUUCAAAAAUCAAGGAAUUACUUGAUUAAUAAUCAUUUUUUGGUUCAGAAACAUUUCAGUAUUUUGCUUUAAAAAAUCAAAGAAAGAAAUUCCUUGAAGCCGAAGGAUUAACCAUCCCUAUUUUGAAUUUGACUUUCACGAUGUAACAUUUUAUAACUUAAACCCAAAUCUUAUUCCAAGCCAAAUGAGUGAAGAUAUUGACAUUAUAUAUGAGAAACUCUUCAUCUAAAGAUAACCAGUCUUUUGGUUGCUGUCUGACCCAGUGCAUGAGUACAAUGUUCUGCUUUCAUUUUAUAAUGUUUAGUGAAUGGUUAGAUUGAUAUUAAGUUGAUGGAGUGAUUUGUCAGGCUUGUUUUCACCAUCAACUCCAAUUCAAGAGAAGCCACUUCUCUGUUUUAGACAAAUGCUUCUCGAGUUGAUUUUUUUUAAAUUUCUUUAAGUUGUCUUAAAAAGUAAAUUUUAGUAAAUUUGUAAAUUUAGAGUAAGUAUAACAGUUGGUUGCUAAAAGUGAUAGUCUAAUAGGUAUCGACUGCAGUCAGACCCCAUUUUAAUAACCUAUCCUGUUAAUAAUAUCUCCAUUCCAUAUCAAUAAAUACAAAGCUAGCAUAACUCUGUUCCACCUAUGGGCAUCAUUGAAACUUAAUUCUUUUUGUGUAAUUUGUUUGUCACAAGUGUGUAUUUAUUGUUAUAAUUCUGUACAGUCUAGUUAUUAAAUCAACCUUCUUUCCUUCUUUUCAAGUUCUGGACAAUAUAUUAGAAAUUUGUAUAAGAAAAAAUAUAUUAUUAAGACUUGUGAAGUACCAUUAACUUUCCACAUAUCUAGGUUAUUCUGUUAGAAAGUCUCAAUGAGACAUAAAUCGUACCACAUAGGGCUUCACACUCGACUGUUUACAGAUACGGAUUAGGUGAGAACAGAAGAGGCGAGAGAGUAUUUCCCUUGCAUAUUUACGUAUACUUACCUGAGAGUAUUUACCUGUACAUUAAUAGAAAUGAAUGGCGGUAGGGGCAGGAAUCAAUAGUACAUGUCUUCUUGGGCUAAAGUGUAAGUGAUCCUGUGCAGCCAUUGAAUGUGCCACUCAAAUAUUUGCCUUAAAAUGUCAAGGUUCAUGUAUUACAAUUUGGUAACAUAUUACAUCCUAAAAUGCCAGCAGUCUAGAAAGUAUAUUUUCCACAUUGUUAAACCUAGUGGUGAACAGUAAGAUGUUGUUCUAUAAAUGGAAGCACAAUGGCACAAGGCCAGAAUAGUGGUGCACUGAUGGAGCUGCAGCCUCAUAGCACCAGAAACCCAGGUUCAAUCCUGACCUUGGUGGAGUUUGCACGUUCUCCCUAUGACCGUGUUGGAUUACUCUGAUGCCCCGGUUUCCUCCCACAUCCCAAAGAUGUGCAGGUUUGUAUGAUAAUUGGCCCUCUAGAGCAGUGAUUCCCAACCUGGGGCCAUGGCAGA